AAUAUCCGCAUUGGAAAACUCCCACGUUUCUUCCGCGUGUGUUUUGUUUCUGUUGUUAGCAGCGGCUUUAGCAGCUACAAGCUAACUGACUUUGGUCCGUCUGCUCUUAUUUUAUAAUUUCAGUCAGUAAGAUGAGUCCGUUGUGUGACUGCUGCUCCGAGCACAUUAAUAAACUGAACCAGCAGGUUUCUGUGAUGAGAAAAGAAAUCAAGAACCUCAGACAGAUGUUGGACAGUGCAGUUAGAGCUCAUCGUAAACAUCUGACAUCUGUCCAGACUGCUGUGUCAAAGAUGGGACACUGUGAAAAACAAAAACCCCAGACACCUUCGCUACCCUCACCAUCUUCACCAUCACCACAGGCUGCAUUGGAGCAAGGAAGCAUCCAGACGGUCCCGAUAGGUUACAUCAGUUCCUGUUUUUCCGUGAAAAAUGGGACGCCCAGGCAGCCGACUAUAUGUGGACCUUCGAGGGCAGAACUACGGAUCCAACAAAGUGUCUUCAACAACCCAGACCACGCUCUGCUGGGUCUGGAGCAGUACUCCCAUGUCUGGAUCAUCUUUCUCUUUCAUAAAAAUGGACACCUGAGUUACAAAGCCAAAGUGAAGCCUCCCAGACUGAACGGUCAGAGAGUUGGCGUGUACUCGACGCGGAGUCCACACCGGCCCAACGCUUUGGGGCUGACGCUCGCUAAACUUGACAGAAUUGAAGGUGAUACAGUACAUCUGUCAGACAUCGACAUGAUCGCUGGCACCCCGGUCCUGGACAUCAAACCCUACAUCCCACAGUACGACUGCCCUGACACCAGGAUGAGCGUGGACUCCGAGCCUAAUGACUCAAACACAGAUCAACCAAAUGAAACGAUUGUGUCGCUGAAUGAGGAGAAUCCACAUGAAGGCUCAGAUUCUCAGUUCUUCUCUGAUAAUUGUGACGAAGCGCAGAAUUUCCUCUCAGAAGACGAAUCUAAAACUGAUGUUUCUUUAGCAGCUUCCUCUACUGUCAGCGCUCAGUUUUCUCUGCCCAAGGAACUCCACAACGCUCUGCAACAGGUCAAAUCAUAUGUGACCGAAGAUGAAGUUCACCAACUACGCUUUGAGAACAAAGACCGUGAUUCUCCUAAAACUAACCCACCAGGAUUGACGGUGGACCACCCCUGCUACGGUGAGGAGACCUACACUACCAUUGCUGGCUGGAUCCGAGAGCCUCCUGUGGCCAGUCUGGAGGUGCGCUUCACUCCUCAGGCUGAGAAGGAGCUGGCAGAAUUCCUGCCCACACACCUGACAGGAGCCUCUGAAAGCGACAGACCAAAGUUUAAGUUCCUGCGCAGUCCAGAAGAAGCUGCUGCCGCCAUCCGAGGUGUUCUGAGAGCAGACCCCCGCUCAGUCUACAGGAGGACUCGCUGCAGAGACAGACUCUUCUUCUUCACCCUCGACACGGCUGACAUCACCUGCUGGUUUGGACAGGACUUUGCCGAGGUACUGCAGGUCCAACCCGUCGGGCGCCGCAUUGCCUCAGCGUGAGAAGUGCACUCAGUGGAGCCUCAGGAGCUGGACAGCAGCCUGACAAAUGUUCCUUAUCUUCUUAUGACCAUAAUUCCUACCUGAUAAAGCUGUAUUGCUUAUGUAAAAGUGCUUAUUUACAAAUUAAACACAUGAAAAAUUAGGAAUAUAAAAUAAAUUAUUUUGAAGCAAACAGAAAUGCCCAUCCUUUU